GGCACCCAACCAAGGGCAGCAGCAGAAUAAACACCCCAGGAUGCAGACGUGCUGCCAGGCCCUGCUGCUGCUGCUGGCUGCUUGCACCCUGCCUGCCCACUGCUUGGAGCCCAGCUGCCCGCACUCCUCCGAGCUGCUGCCCGUCCGGCUGCGGGAGCUGAGAGUGAAGUUUGAGGAAAUCAAGGACUAUUUUCAAUCCAGAGACGAUGAACUUAACAUCCAACUGCUCAGCUCUGAACUGCUGGAUGAAUUUAAGGGGAACUUUGGCUGCCAGUCAGUGUCAGAGAUGCUGCGCUUCUACACAGAUGAGGUUCUGCCCCGUGCCAUGAAGACCAGCACCAGCCACCAGCAGAGCAUGGGCGACCUGGGCAGCAUGCUGCUGAACCUGAAGACAACGAUGAGGCGCUGUCACCGCUUCUUCACCUGCGAGAAGAGGAGCAAAGCCAUCAAGCAGAUCAAGGAGACGUUCGAGAAGAUGGAUGAGAACGGGAUCUACAAAGCCAUGGGGGAGUUCGACAUCUUCAUCAACUACAUCGAGGAGUACCUGCUGAUGAGGAGGAGGAAGUGAGCGCACGCGGCUGCUCUCAGCCCAACCCUUGGUGUUACGAAGCACGCCGUGCUGUGCUGGGGUUCAGCCCAAGGCUUACAGCUCAGUGGCAGCUUGACGUUCAGUUUUCUAUUUAAGUGGUUGUUGUUUUUUUUUCCCUUCCAAAUGAAUUUAAUAUUUAUUUCUUUUUUUCUCAGUGUGUUUUGGUUUGUGAACUAUUUAUUGUUUACAACGUUGUGUUAUUGGUUUGUGAACUAUUUAUUGGUCAGUGCUUUGUACCAUUUAUGAUAGCGCUGUGGUAUUUGUCGCUUCAGAGCUCCCAUCCCUCUGGGGAAUGAGCCGAGUUCACCCUGAAUGCAAUUGCU